AUGGUAGAGGACGGAGACCCGCCUUCCCUAGGCCCGGAGCUGGAGUUCGACAUGUGGGAAGGUCAGUUCGAGUUCCUCGGAGAGGCCUUCCCUGACAUCAGGGGUCCUGGAAGGAAGAUGAAGAAUGGUCUCAAGAACGGUUAUAAGGCCAAGCCGGAAUGGUUCAUCGAGCUUAACGAAGAUGUUCAGAUGCUACAGCAGCAGAUGAGCGUUCUCGCAGAUAAUCAGACGCAUAGCGAUGAGCGCUACACGCGUGCGAAGCAAGACAAUGCUACAUUACAGGCGAGGGUUCUUAUGUUAGAAGAACAACUGAGAGAAGUCGAAACCAGAAGUGAAGAGAAAUUGGCAGAGCAGGAGCGGAGGCAUAAAGAGCUAGUUGCUCGAGUCGAUCGUGAGAAGCAGCUUCAGGUUGAAAACUGUGCCAUCAGAUUGCAAACUCUCGAAUUGGAAAAUUCAACCUUGCGAGAGGAGGCAAGCCGAUGCAAAGCUGCAAGCGAUCGGCUCAAAGUAGAAACUGCCAGGCUGGAGGAGCAGUUAAAUGAGAACGAGAUCUUAAUAACUUCUUUGAGGGAGGAAAUUGCAAAUCUCAGAGAGCAAGAGAGGAAAAGCAGGGAAACUCUGCAAGCAAACCAGCAGGUUAUAGAGGAACUGAGUGAUGAAAUUGAAAGGCUUCGUAGCGAGCAGAGAAGAACCCUUGCUGAACUAGAUUCAAGAGGCCCAGGCAUUUGCCCCAGUGACCAUGAAAACCUGCAAUCUCAAUUUCUUGCUUUAAAAGAAGAAAACUCCCGACUUCAAGAAGCUCAUGAUGAAAUGCAAGCCUUGUUAUUGACUCGUAGUGUUGAAGAGGGACGCAGUCUUUUGACUGGUCAUCAAAGCCUUGCUGCAGAAUUAGAAGCUAUGUCACAAGAUGAAAAUGAUAGAAUUAUGGACCCGAGAUCAAUAUAUCCGUUGAAAAGAAGAAGGAGUCGAUCGGAUUUUGAAUUUUGGCCUCAAGAUAUGUUGUAUUCUUCUGAAACGACAGCUUUGAUAGCGAUACUCAGAGGAACUGUAGGCCGAGCUCUACUGAGUAUUUUAUGCAAAUAA